GCAGGGGCAGGGGGAGGCGGGGCGGCGGCAGCAGCAGCAGCAGUUGCAGCAGGCGCUGCUGUGUGGCCCCGGGGAGGUGGGGCACCUUGCCGUACAGCUGCUGAGGAUGCUGUACGACACGUGGGCUGCGCUGGAGGCCAUGGGGGCGUACCGGCGGAGAGGCACCGUUGGCAGGGAUAACGACCUGGUCCACACGGACCGGGUGCUGUGUCGGGCGCUAACCAAGGAGCUGGCGUUCAAGGAGCCGGGCAACAUUGUGAUGCUGCUGCAGUGCCUGCCCCCUGCCGCUGCUGUGAGGCUGCUGGUGUGUGUGCUGGGGGAGGCGGCGCACAAGCGUACGGACGGCGGCCAGAUGUCGGGUCGGCUGCGGGACGUGGUGGACUACUACAUUGACAAGGGGGUGGGGCAGGGCGCGGCGCCAAAGGCCCUGGCCUCGGACGCGCUGCGCUACCUGGUGGAGGAGGCCGCCAACCCGCACCACCACAACAGCGGCUCCAACUGGACAUGGGCUGCCGCUGCCAUACGGUUCAACAACCUGCCGUACAGGUGUGGUGGGCUGGCGCUGCUGGUGCCGCUGCUGGCGGCGGCGGCGCUGCAGCAGGCAGCGCAGGAGCAGCGGAGGCUGGCGGCGGCGGCAGGGGCUGCUGACGGCACGGGUUGUGACGAGGAUGAGGAGGAGGGGGGGUCCAGGGCCGCGGCGGCGGCAUGGGCAGCGGAGGCGGCGGCGGUUGCGGAGCUGUACCGCCGGGCGGUGGAGAGGCUGGAGGCGGAGGGGGC